UUCUUAUAAAUUUUAGACAUGGGACACAGAACUGGAGAGAUCUGCAGAGUCGUGGGCUGAAACCUGUCUAUGGGAGCAUGGGCCUGCAAGCCUUCUUCCAUCGAUUGGGCAGAAUUUGGGGGCACACUGGGGAAGGUACAGACCUCCAACAUUUCAUGUCCAAGCAUGGUAUGAUGAAGUGAGAGAUUUCACGUAUCCCCAUCCUCAUGAAUGCAACCCAUAUUGUCCUUACAAAUGCUCUGGUCCUGUUUGUACACACUACACACAGGUUGUUUGGGCUACAAGUAGCAGAAUUGGUUGUGCAAUUAAUUUAUGUCAUAACAUGAACAUCUGGGGACAAAUUUGGCCAAAAGCAGUCUAUCUUGUAUGCAAUUAUUCUCCUAAGGGUAACUGGUGGGGUCAUGCUCCUUACAAACCUGGCCGCCCUUGUUCCGCAUGUCCCCCUAGUUUUGGAGGAGGUUGCAGAGAAAACCUUUGUUACAGAGAAGAUUCAGAAAGGCCUUAUUCUCCCCAUGAACCAGAAGAGGAAACGAAUGAGAUUGAACGACAGCGAUCCAAAGCCCAGGAUGCAAUGGCACAAAGCCGGCCAAGAACUCAUUCACCUUCAGGCUCUGCUGGCACUGAUGAUAGUGAGAAAAAUGAAGUUAUAAGCACACAGCAAAUGUCUCAGAUUGUUUCAUGUGAAAUAAGGCUAAGAGAUCAGUGCAAAGGAACAACUUGCAAUAGGUAUGAAUGUCCUGCUGGCUGUUUGGAUAGCAAAGCCAAAGUUAUUGGAAGCGUACAUUAUGAAAUGCAAUCCAGUAUUUGUAAAGCUGCCAUGCAUUAUGGCAUCCUAGACAAUGAAGGAGGUUGGGUUGAUGUGACUAGGCAAGGAAGGAAAAAUUACUUUAUCAAGUCUUACAGAAAUGGCAUUCAGUCAAUUGGAAAAUACCAGUCCGCUAAUUCCUUCACUGUCUCUAAAGUAACAGUUCAAGCUAUCACCUGUGAAACAACAGUGGAACAACUGUGCCCAUUUCAAAAACCAGCCUCACACUGCCCAAGGGUGUAUUGUCCUCACAACUGUAUGCAGGCAAAUCCACACUAUGCUCGUGUGAUUGGAACACGAAUUUAUUCUGAUAUAUCCAGUAUCUGCCGGGCAGCAGUACAUGCUGGUGUAAUUCCCAACCAGGGUGGUUAUGUUGAUGUUAUGCCAGUAGACAGAAGAAAGGUGUAUGUUGCUUCCUUCCAAAAUGGGAUAUACUCAGAAAGUUUACAGAAUCCUCCAGGAAGCAAGGCAUUCAGAGUAUUUGCUGUUGUUUGAGUCUAUCAAGUAAAAUGUAAAGCAGACAAGUUAAUCUCCAGAGCUCUUGGAAAAGAAUAAUAAAGCCCAUUUCUUGUAAUUCCUAAAAAUUGUAUAAAGCUGUAACAUUAUUGUACAGAAGAUGUAUACUGCUUUCCACCAAAAAAAAUAAAUUACAUUUAUAUCAUAAUAAAAAUAAUCUGUAAAAGUAAACAUGGGAGAAAAAAUAAUUUGAAAAUCUAUAAUGAUAUAUAACAAUAUUUUGAAUCCUGUGUUAAAUAUUGCUAUAUUUUCUUAGCAGUUACUCCUAUACACUUAAUUCAAAGCUCAUAAAUGUUCUUUGUUUUCUUCAUCUGAAUAUAUUAUUGUAUGGUGCUUUAUAUAUGCCACUAGCAGUAACCUUAAAACUAUACCAUAGGGAGGCCUGAGUUUUUAUUUCUUAUGUACAUAAAAGAAGCUAUCCCCAUAAUUCAAUAUAAUAAAUCAUGCCUUAAAGUAAAAUAAAAAUAUAUAUAACUUUUUGAUGAUUUACAGUAGCAUUAGCCAUGCAAGCGUAAAUGAAGAGCUAGAGUGUUUUCAGUUUCACAAUAAUCAUAAGUACAACUACCUAUUUUGAAGUUAA